AGAGAACACACUUUCAAGGCGACAGGCAACAAAACAGAAGACAAAACUCUGCCUGGAGGAGCACAAAAAACAAGGUCUUCUGCGAAUGUCCUAUUGUCCAGUGUCUCAGAAAAAGAGAGAUGUCAUGGUUGGCUGACGUAGGCACCUCACCACAUCUCUCGCACCUACUCUACGGUACAGCCUGUUCCCCACCCUGGUGUAUCAGACAGCACAAUAGUGACUCAUUGUCCUCCGGGUUGAAACGUCACUGUCGCCAAUCCCAUAUAGCUAGAAGAUAGAAGACCACUCGGGUCUUGUCCUAUGCCGUCCAUGCCAAUGCCGUUCGACGCGAGACAGGGAUUUCUCCUUCGCAUCUGCGAGACACGGAUUUGCAAUAAGGAAGCUGACACUUUUCUUCCACUUUGUUGUCUUUCGCCUGUUCUCGGUACCGCUUCAAGGAACUGCAAAGAGAGGAGACACGAAAGGGGGAGCUGUUCGAGUGGAACCCCUCGUCUCAAAACAUGCGACCGAUCUUUACCUUUUGCGGGUGCGCUGGAUCAUUCAGUUUCCAGUCGUUCGCCGGCGAGCAGACAGGAGUCUGUGAGAGUCGAAGUCUGAAGUCAUCUCUGACGGCAAUAUCGGCAAUGCCUGGAUCACAAUGACACCGAAGCGACUCUUGCUUUCCAAUUCUUUGAUGCCCAUUUAUUCGGCUUCUCUUUCAAUUACUGUAUGGUAUCGAUUUCAAUGCGUUCCCCCUCAGGUCAAGCUCACGCAAGUGAGUCAUUCUUCCCACACAGUCUGGAAUCUUCUCUAUCUUGUUGGCAGCUGAAGGACAUUUGAUUGCCAUGAGCCAGCCACUCAGCCAUAUGUGCCGUAUCUGUUACCUGCAUACGUGAAGGUAAGCUGAGUGUCACACCAUUCGGGCGGCAGCUCGGUCACUCCAGUCCUAUGCCAGAUGAUUGCCUUUAAGAACAAUUGCUUAUGCACGUCAGGAUUGAUGCGCGUAACCUGAUGAGCACAGGAAAGGAUCGGUGAGAUCGCCAAGCCAGUAGAUCUGACAGCCUGGGCUCACAUUCAUGUUGAGUGGCCCAUCCAGAGCGAAGUCAAUGCCGAUCCCCUGUCCAGGCACAAACAUGGCACUGCUUUUGUAUUCUCAUUUGGCCUUUCGCCCUCCUGGUCACCUCUAGCGUAGAAAACGAUGAAAUUGACUCAUCGAGCAGCUCACCCUCGUCGAACCUCCUCGUCAACACAUAUCUGCAAAACAGCAAGGAGAACAGCUUUGUUUGUGCGUCAGACAGGCAGGCCGCAAAAGACAAAGACCGACUGACCUGCAAUUACAUGGAUGCCAGUCUGGCUCCAGCCCACACGGACAGCACACAGGCGGUGUAAGAGACACGGUCAGAGAGGGACGAGGAUGGGUCGGUACCUGUCCGGAACGUGUUGCCAAAUGAGGGAAAAGUACGCCAGCCGCAGAGAUGCCAGCCUCGAAUUUCAGCACACACCCAUGAUGCUCUGGUGCGUUGACAAAUGGAGAAGAUCCAGACGCUCCAACAAAGAAUACACCAUAUCUACGUGUAGGCAAACGUAGACAGACAUGCUGUCAGUAACGUCAUGUCUUGCUCACGAUUGACAAGCGGAAAGCCAGGCUGCGGUCAUAUGCUAUCCAGUCCCUGUGCGUGAAGCGGCGCGCAGCCACGCUCAAUAUGCUGGAUGUGCGCACACUCGCGCUCGUAAUGAGAGCUGACGGACAACAAAGGGAAGGUGAGGUACACGAGGAGGUGAAUCACUUUCCUAGCCAAAGAUACCUUGGAUAGACCAGACUGGAGUCCCUUUAGUCUCCUCCUCUCCAUCCGUCAUUGUACUCAGCGCGCGAGGUGGGCGAAAGAAGGUACUCAAGAUGCUCAUUCGUUGUCGAGAUGGGAGAGGGCCAAUCCUCACGCCUUUCGUUGUCGAUCUCUGAGGGGGAAGCGGGAUCUCCCCACUCGCUGACCGAAUAAUGAACGAAUCUAUCAGUCUGUGCAUGGGUGCGCUCCUGAUUACCUAUCGCUGGUAUAGCUGGGGGAGUCAGUCGGCGUCUCAUAGGGCUGGCAUCUGGUGUCUCUGCUGUCUCUGGUGUAGUCGUGUCUUCGCCAGAUGCGUCUUUCUCAGUUGUGUUCUUAUCGUCCGCAGAUGGCGGAUUCUGUGACACUCUCCUCGAUUGCAUGGACCUGAUCCUCCUCACGCCAUCAAUGGGGGCUGUGGUAGUUGCUGAUUCUGGCGACUCCGCAUCUGGCGACUCUGCAUCGGAGUCGAUCACCUCGUUGAUUUCAUGAUCGAUGCCGGUAAUGAUUGACAGUUGCGACACCAGACGCUCCGGGACGAUCUGAAGAUCGGGAUUCAAUGCACAACAACCAUGAUCAUGGAUUGCUUAUGGCCUGCAGCUGUUGGUUGCAUACCUUAUUUCGCACAUUCGCCAGGCCCGCGAGUAAGGAGCUCCUCCGCCUGCCUGCUUGGACGAUUGAUUGGCGCGUGCGGGGCGUGCGGGCCUCGGUAUUCGAUUCUCUCCUCCCUGCAUUCGAUUCUCGUUUCCCAAACGUGAAUGUCCUGCGACUUGGCGAUGACGAAUGCCGCCCUGUCAAUGGCGACAGGUCUUGUUGGUCGAUGACGGGUGAGGUGAAAUCCUGUGUCGCAGCAACUCGGGUCGAAAACGACAAGCGUCGAGCGGUAUUCUUGGCAGGCGAGACAUCAGUGUUUUCAUGCGGCUCUUUCACGGCACUCUCGAGCUCAACCUCCGGCGACGCGCCAUCGAAAAGCUCGUCUUCUCUGAUGAUGCGCACAUCUGCCUCUGCCUCGCUGCGAUGACUCGGCGAGCUCGACAAAGAGACAUCAUAAAGCCUCUCCAUGACGACCGGAGCGAAGCUGGUCCUCCGUGGGGGAGGUUUGGAUCCUGACGGCGUUCUUGAUGAGCGCUCCUUGUGUGUUGGGCUCUCUGUCUCCUCGUCUUCUGGCGAGUGAGCCUCCUCUUCUGGCUCCGAACCGUUUUGUUGCUCCGGCUCCUCUAUGUCUUCGAAGGCCUCUUCCGUCCGAUGGUAAUGGAAUCGCUUUGCCGAUUGCACCCUCCGCAUGUACUCCGCUUUCUUGCGGUAGUCGUAGUAGCCCUGAAGGAGACGGACUGUCCUAUGCAAUGUGUGCAUCGGAAGCUCUGUCAUGCCUUCCCCGUUUACUCACCUUGAGGAUCAGAAGGGCAUCCAAUGUCCGUAGACCCCAGAGAGCAGUAAGCAGAGGCAUGACGGAGGUCUGGCCACAUAGUUCGGAGAGAACAAAUACAAAAAGAGGCGGGCUGCAUUGUGGAUUGACUUAUUGAAGGCUUACGAGGAAGAUGAGGACUGAAUUCGACUUGAGGCCGACGAAUGCUGAGAGCCUGAAGUUGCCUUCGGUGUAGGUAUUCAUCGCGUGUAGCGCAUAGGUAAUGCUGGUGAUGACGCUCAUGAUGAUGGCCAUGCCUCGUUUGUUUAGCCAGACAAAGAUGACGAUCAGCAAAGCGUGAACAGCCAUGAUUGUGCCGAGCGACAAAUAUAUCCAGGCUUGCAACGCUGGCGCCUGCAGAAGCACAAGAAGGAUGCUUUGCCUGUGCACCUCUUCCUCUGCGUACCUCUGACGCUGUCGUGAGGUCCCAGCCGCUGUAGAGCACAAACCUGCGUAUUGCCGCGCACAGUACCUCGAUGUAUCCAUCUGUCGCUGUAGCGGACUGACCUGUAGUGCUGGGCUGUCAGCGUGAUCGUCUCAACCGUCAGAAAGGAAAGCCAGAACAAGCGACCAGCUGUCCCAAAUGAGCGUUGCACUUUCAGAUAGGAAGCGACGCAGAAGCGCUUGAAGGAGUCGAAUGCCGAUUUUAGUGUUGCGAUUGAGAAAAACAACGGGGCCUUAUUGUGGGUGGCUGACGUGUGAGACGAGAUCGAUUUGGCGAUCUGUCUCCUUCUAAACUGCUUAGCGAGACGCCUCCUGUGCUGCGGUGUCACCAGUGAGAAGAGACGAAGAAGACAUGCUGUAUGGAGUGUGAAUUACACAAGCAAGCGGAGCCGGCUCAAAUCACCUGAUUCCACUUUUUGAAGUUCCUACACACACCACGUCAGAAUAAUAGGUGACAACUGGUCUUCACGUCCCUCAAAUCUCUUCUCACCAGUGUUUCAUGGUACGUCUCCAACCAAGCGUAUGCUGCAAAACAAGCAUACACAACAGCACACACUGACUUAAUAUGGGCCUUCUUGUCUCCUACAGAGCAAAUGAGACAGAUGCCUUGCAGCAGUACCACAAAGAACACACACAAUUGCCACUUCAUUCGUUGAGUCAUCCCUGUGCGAUCCUUUUGCUUACUCGCUAGAACAAUCAGUCCCCAAAUCAGAGUGAAUGUUCCCCUUCGAGGGGAUUUAUUCUCGCGGCGAUUGACAAGGCGAACCUCAUCGUCGCUAACGCGGGAAUUGGCCUCGAGAAAUGCUUCAAAGGAUGGGUACAACAGCCGACCUGCGACAGCAAUGAGGAAGGAAGGAGAAGGAUGCAUCUCAUUGGUGUCUUUCUAUUGUUUCCCAUAAAGCACCUUCUUCGUCUUGAAGAGUAGACUCCAAAGACACGAGAUUCUCUCCAUAGCCGUGGCACAACGCCAGCACGCCAAUCAUGGCAAUGAUCAGCCAGAGCAUGACGUUAACGAGUGUGAUCACGUCACCCAUCUUCACCCGUGUCUCAUACCUGCACAACACACAAACACCAUCUCCUCCCUGGCGUCUCCUUGGCGGCCCUUGCUCUCACUCAUCUGCCGGCGCUGCCAGCUCGCUGCCCCUCAGGUGGGUCAAUAUGAGGUCGUCCACCUUGUCAGACGUUGGGGCAGCCUGAAACAAAAAAAUCAGUCAAUAAAGCCAAAGCAAGUCACGAUUGACAUUGACGGAGGUUGAUCCGACGUCGUUACCGCUAGUGUGGGCCGUCGGCUUGCGUGGACGGAUGUUGCCUCGUCGGCAGCACAAGCGACGGCGGAUGGGGAGCGCGAGCGGCUCGAAGCGUCACCAUUCUCUUCCUGCUGUUUCUCCUCAUCGUUUUCUGAGCUCUCGGCGACGGGCGUGAGGGGUGAUGGGGUGAUGUGCACUUCAGGAGAACCCUCCUCGAUGACGUUCUCCAUCGCUCACGAUGACCUCUCAACCGAAAUCCCCUGCGAAGGAUUCCCAGGGGAGAUCACAGCUCAGGAACCCUUCG